AUGGAUAUGGACGUCAACAUGCUGUUUUUGACUUUACUGAUUUGUUUCAAUCCGUAUGUUUUUGGACUGUUUGAGGAUAUUAAUAUUGAGGAUGAUCUUUGUCCCGACUUGACCGACUUUGAUUUGGAUAUUGUGAGUGUCAUUUCAACUCUGAACUAUUUCAUUUGGCAACAUUGAUAUAUAUUUUGAGCUUCAUUAGAGCGCUGUUUAACAAAUCUAUUUUGUUUCCCAUCUCAGUCACCCCAUAGAGUGCCUCGCCAGGUGAAAGCCAUGCUUACUAAGGUAAAGAAUACACCGUUUAGUGUCUUGACAUUUCUGCCCUUAUGCAUCUUUUGCGCUCUUGUGCGUCAUUGUGUGUGUAGCCUAGGCUACUAUAGACUAAAUAUCAUUCACAUUAAUUCUCAAAGAGAUCUGCUUAUGCAUACUGUUAUUCAUUGAUAACAAUUAUAGAAUAUGUCACAAAAAGUAUUUCGUGUAAGCUGAGUAGAGGGAUGGGUAGUUCAGCUCUGCAUUUUGUCAUCCUCGAAAACUCUGCUCGGGUGUGACACGCAGAGAACUUCCAAACGCACCGCGCUGUAAGCCAGAUGAGUGGAAAUCGCUGGACAUCUAUCCAGAAAUACAAUCCAAAAUAUGUGAGGAUAUCCCGCAAACGUGCUGAUAAGGAGUUUGGAACGAUAUAUCACUGGAAAUUAACGGAAUGGAACAAUUUCCAAUGCGCAACGUGUGUGUGCGUGUGCGCAGUGCUGUGUUGUCCCAUUGACGAGACCUGAAAAACAUCAAUCACUGCCAGAUUUAAAUUAACCAAAUGUAUUACAAACCAAUCAAAGCUAAGGUAUAAGUAAUACACAUUAACCUAACAUGUUGAUGUCCAACCGUGUAGGAGACCAAACCGCACAUCCAGGAGCUGUCGGUGAAGACCACCAUCAUCUCCCGAUACGCCUUCACGGCGGUGUCGUGCACCAUGCUCAACCGGCACUCCGCCGCGGCGGAGGGCGUCUUCCAGUUCCCGAUCCCCAAGAACGCCUAUGUCUCGAACUUUACCAUGUAAGCAAGCCCAAAACGCAACAAAUGCAUAAUGGCGCAUUGGUAUUGGUCAGUCUGAGUCUAAUGUGGUUCAGAUUGUGUACACUUAUUGAAAGUGAACUAUAAUGGCCAAAGCAAUGCAGUGAGUCAUCCCUGCCAGUGGAUCUUUUCCCCCUCAAUUUUUUCACUUUUGAUUAUUUGGAUUUCUUAUUUAUUUCCCCAGUUUACUGUUGUGUGAUUACUACUCCUCUUUGCUGUGUUUGCCCUCUUCACAUGGUAUGCCAUUGUAGCCAGUCAAUCAUUAUGUGGUUUUAUGAGGGCUCUGUUGCUAUGGGAGAGGUUAGUGUGGUGCCUGUGAGUGUUCAAUGGUGCAGAGGUCAUUUAUUGUGUCAUGGUCACCAGCCUUCAUUCAUCUACAUUUACUAGAUUGUUCACUGGACCAUGAGAGACAGUAUAGUCCAGAAGCCUCUGAAGAAGCCUGUGAAAUCCAACAUAUGGCUUUGACUUGUUUGCCUGUUUACUUUUACGUAUCACAAUAACACAGCAAUAUACAGUAUAGACCUACCACAAUGAAAUUAGGGUUUUUCCAAUGAUUCUUGGAUAGAGUUUUGCCACGGAAGAACUACUUACUAGGGUGGUCCUUAUCAUCACCUCCACUCUUAACCCCUGACCUCUGACCUCUACCCUGAACACAGGAUCAUUGGGGGGCGUGUCUACCCUAGUGAGGUUAGGCCAAAGGAGAAGAAGGUCAAACAGGGGAAGGGGGGUGAGGCCAAACCCAAGAACAAGGAGACAGGUGAACAGAGGUAAAGUGUGUGUGUUCUUGUGUGUGUGUGUGUGUGGCCAGUCACCACUGUCUAACCUUGUCCGCCAGUACAACCUCUAGAGUCCUCUAGAGUCACUAGCUACUGCUCUGCCAGUAGAAACAGGUUUAUAUCCCAUCUAAAAAACUAUUUUAAAGACGCACUCCGGCUAUUUUUGAACUUUUCCUGUUGAAAAACAAUAUCCCACAUAUAAAUACAGUAAUCGACACACACUCAGGGUAAAAAAAACAUGUUUGGAGCAAAAUAGUGUUUUUUAGAUACAAGUGCAAACUUCAUGGAGUUAGGCCAUUAAAUGAGUUGGUCUGAUGGUGCCCUCAAAUGUCAUCAGCCUCCCCCUUGUUUGUGGGAACAAUAGAGGAGCAAUAGAGAUCAAAAGAGGAAAGGUAUUUUCUUAAGUAAAUCAGGUGUUAAAUGAGGUGAAAAGGAGACUGGAGUGCGACUUUAAACACCAGCCUGACCACAGAGCAUGUGUUUCUGACCUGCCUGGAGUUGAGCAGCAGGGCUGGAUCAUAGCUCCAGAGACUGGAAAUGAAGAAUUAUUGUCACAUAUAUCUGUGACCAGUCUCUGACAGGAAGAAAUUACAUCAUGCUUCUACUUGCCAGUCCACAAAAUGACACUUUUAAAACGAAAUCAGAUUUACAGAGAGAGAAUUACAAUUUCACAGAGAGAGAAGGGGAGAGAAGGAGAGUGAUAGAAAGCGUGAAGGAGAAUGGGAGGGAGAAAAUAAAGGAGGGAGAGGUAUAGAUCGAUUGACAGAGGAAUUAAUCUGUUUAUUGGUUAGUCCAGAGGCUGAGUCCAGGGCUGAGUCCCGUGAGGGGAGCUCCUGGCAGUCACUGCCCUUCCACACUGAUGAUGUCACUACUUGGAAUGACUCAUUCCCCACUCCUCCUCUUUCCUCAACUCUAACUAUUUAUUUUUCUUUCCUCUAUAUUCUUCUUAUUUUUUCUUCCACUCCUCCCUCUCUCCAUCUUUCCCAUUCCUCCUCUCUCCCCUCUCCCCUCUCCCCUCUCCCCUCUCCCCUCUCCCCUCCCCCAUCUCUCUCUCCUUCUCCGCUCUCUCCUCCUCUCUUCUCCCUCAGUAGCGAACCAGAGGUGGAGGUGUUCAGGAUGGGGGCCAGUAUCCCAGGUCGUAAUCGGGCCAUGUUCAUGCUGACCUAUGAGGAGCUGCUCCAGCGGAGGCUGGGGAGGUAUGAGCAUGUGACCAGCCUGAGACCCCUGCAGCUGGUCAGCCGUCUCAGUGUGGACAUCACCAUCGUGGAUCACUCCACCAUCACCCACCUGGAGGUGCUGCCGCUGCGCAACGGCAAGAGCAACACAGCAGUUGCCAGUGGUGCCAGUGCAGCGAAGACACCUGGUACAGUUUGAGUGUGUGAAGUGUUGAGUCUGUGCUUUGUCCAUAGUAGGGGUGUAAUAUACAGUGCAUUCAGAAAGUAUUCAGACCCUUUUACCUUUUCUACAUUUUGUUACGUUACAGCCUUAUUCUAAAAUGGAUUUUAAAAAAGUUUUCCUCCUCAAUCUACACACAAUACCCCAUAAUGACAAAGCAAAAACUGGUUUUUAGAAAUGUUUGAAAAUGUAUUAAAAAUAAAAAACAGAAAUACCUGAUUUACAUAAGUAUUCAGACCCUUUGCUAUGAGACUCGAAAUUGAGCUCAAGUACAUCCUGUUUCUAUUGAUCAUCCUAGAGAUGUUUCUACAACUUGAUUGGUCCACCUGUGGUAAAUUCAAUUGAUUGGACAUGAUUUGGAAAGGCACACACCUAUAAGGUCCCACAGUUGACAGUGCAUGUCAGAGCAAAAACCAAGCCAUGAGGUUGAAGGAAUUGUCCGAAGAGUUCCGAGACAGGAUUGUGUCGAGGCACAGAUAGGGGGAAGGACACCAAAACAUUUCUGCAGCAUUGACGGUCCCCAAGAACACAGUGGCCUCCAUCAUUCUUAAAUGGAAGAAGUUUGGAACCACCAAGAUUCUUCCUAGAGCUAGCCGCCCGGCCAAACUGAGCAAUCAAGGGAGAAGGGCCUUGGUCAGGGAGGAGACCAAGAACCCGAUGGUCACUCUGAAGGAGCUCCAGAGUUCCUCUGUGGAGAUGGGAGAACCUUCCAGAAGGACAACCAUCUCUGCAGCACUCCACCAAUCAGGCCUUUAUGGUAGAGUGGCCAGACGGAAGCCACUCCUCAGUAAAAGGCACAUUACAGCCCGCUUGGAGUUUGCCAAAAUGCACCUAAAGGACUCUCAAACCAUGAGAAACAAGAUUCUCUGGUCUGAUGAAACCAAGAUUGAACUCUUUGGCCUGAAUGCCAAGGGUCACGUCUGGAGGAAACCUGGCACCAUCCCUACGGUGAAGCAUGGUGGUGGCAGCAUCAUAAUGUGGGGAUGUUUUUCAGCGGCAGGGACUGGGAGACUAGUCAGGAUCGAGGGAAAGAUGAACGGAGCGAAGUACAGAGAGAUCCUUGAUGAAAACCUGCUCCAGAGCACUCAGGACCUCAGACUGGGGCAAAGGUUCACCUUCCAGAAGGACAACGACCCUAAGCACAUAUCCAAGACAACGCAGGAGUGUCUUUGGGACAAGUCUCUGAAUAUCCUUGAGUGGCCCAGCCAGAGCCCGGACUUGAACCCGAUCAAACAUCUCUGUAGAGACCUGAAAAUAGCUGUGCAGCGACGCUCCCCAUCCAACCUGACAGAGCUUGAGAGGAUCUGCAGAGAAGAAUGGGAGAAACUCCCCAAAUACAGGUGUGCCAAGCUUGUAGCGUCAUACCCAAGAAGACUCAAGACUGUAAUUGCUGCCAAAGGUGCUUCAACAAAGUACUGAGUAAAGGGUCUGAAUACUUAUGUAAAUGUGAUAUUUCAGCUUUUCUAAAAACCUGUUUUUGCUUUGUCAUUAUGGGGUAUUGUGUGUAGAUUGAUGAAGGGAAAAAACGAUUUAAUCAAUUUUAGAAUAAGGCUAUAACGUAACAAAUGUGGAAAAAGUCAAGGGGUCUGAAUAAUUUCUGAAUGCACUGUAUCUAACAUUAGAAAUAGUUCUGCAGCGAUAUUGGCACCUCUGAAAAUACUUGGCCAAUGCUCUAAUUUUCAGAUUCCAACUUAAUUAAUUUAACCUUCCUAUGGGCAAGUUGGGCAUCUCUAGUUUAGCACCCCCCCCCCCCCCCCCCCCCCUCCCCCCCACACACACACACACACUUCCCAGCUUUAUCUCACACAUAUCUAAUUUUUCCCUCCCACCAGCCAAGCCUGCUCUUCCUGUUUCCACGGUGAUCAAACAGAAUAAGACGUUCUGUAGGAUCACCUUCAGCCCCAACAUCGUUCAGCAAGCUAAGAUCACCACCAGCGGCAUUCUGGGGGAGUUUGUGGUGCACUAUGAUGUGGAGAGAGAGCUGGGGAUAGGAGACAUACAGGUCAGAUUUCACACACCAAAAUCACACUCACACACACACAGACACACACACGGACACAGACACACACACACACACACGCAACGCUCUCGCGAUGAGUGUAAAUGUGUCAUGCCAUAACCAGGGCCUGUCCAGACAUGGUAGAUAAAAACAUGUUAAACCAUGUAUCUCCACUUCACAGUAUAAAUGAAAACUGCAUGCAUUAAUCAAGGAUCAAACAGGAAAAAUGCACAUCUCUCUCAUUCUCACACACACUCUCACACAUCCUGGUCCCAUAGCCUUCAUCCACCCACAACACAUACAUUUCCCAGCACCAUAUCCACCCCCUCCUGGGUCACCCAACAACCACCCCAUCAGUCCAGCAGCCCUGUGGACACUGUGUUGGUGGGGUCUGUUUUACUGCUCAUGGCGACUGAGAACUGUCUAACUUUUCUCUGGUUCUCUCUCAGGUUCUGAACGGCCAUUUUGUGCACUACUUCGCCCCCAAGGAUCUGCCGGUGGUGCCCAAGAACGUGGUGUUUGUGAUCGACACCAGCGCCUCUAUGCUGGGGACCAAGAUCAGACAGGUAACUGGUUACGGUCAAACCCUUCUCAUCACACCAGUGUCUACUGCUUAGAUAGGGUCACGACAUCUUGUUCUCUCGCACUCCCUUUUCUUUUACAUGGUUUCCGUCUGAAUACAAUGAUCACAAAUAUAUACUGUAUAACUUUUGGGGAAUCUGUUGGUUUUAAUAAAUUCCAGGUGGAGUUAACUUUUGUUUUACUUUAGUCCUUCACAGCUCUGUGAUAAAGCUUUAAAGAUCCUGAGAUAUCCUGAGUUAGUGUAGCAGCGGAUGAUGAAUAUGACCCCCAGUCAGCCCCCUCUCCAGUCUCUGGCACAAUACUCCCACACUGGUCUGUUAAUAUCAAAAUCAGAUCCUUCCUUCUGGGAGAUUGCAUUAUAAUCCCCCUGGUAUCAUCUGAUACUUCAUCUGAGCAGCUGCUCCACUGCAGAUCCAGAAACCCAAAGACUUAGAGUGGCAAAAACAGAAAAGAGUGAUUCAUGCAUACCCUGAAAAGCUGGAAACAUGCUCAAAGUUCACUAUUGUAGUCGUAUUGAAUUGAAAUGAAUGCUAUUGAGGAGAGGCGUCAUUGUCUCUGAAGUAAUGUAAACACUCCAGAUGACAGCAUCAUCACCCCUUGAUCCCUACCCCGUUCCCCUCCACCCCCAGUGGACCACUCUGUAUUGAACAAGUGUGCUUUGAUCUCUCCCUACAAUAGAGCACUCAGUCUGUCUAUGGCUCUGACCCUUGCCCCCUACAGUCUAUAGGAAUCUGUUAACCCCUCCAACUCUAUCACACCCACACGACUACAGAUGUAAUGUUCACUAUUCAUUUAGUAGGCUUUUCGUUCUGUGCAAUUUAUAAACCCCAGUACAGUUGAGAAACAAGCUGCAGCAUGGACACAGUAAAUAGCUGUGGUGUGUGUGUUUACGUGCAUUUGUGUGUGAGGGGGUGAGAGAGACAAAGGAAAUGGAAUCUCACAGCUGUUCCAAAGGGCUGGGUCUUUGAGUGGCAGCGUCAGGUUAAGUCCAACCAUUACAGAGUUGGCAUUACAACAAUACUGCUCACAAAAACCAUGACUAAAACACUACAUCUUGGUGAUUACCACAGUGUUGGUGCUAACAGAAACCAUGACCGUGUGUUAUUAUAGCCUUUUAUGUGACAAGGCAUCUCUUCCUGUUGGGGCAAAGUUUUCCAGGCCUGUUUGGUUCGCUCAUGUAAACACAACUGAAUAGAAUGAUUUCGCAAGAAGGUAAAGGUAUUACAAUGAUAUAAUUUGAUUUAUUGAUGAAAGCAAAACAAAAAAUUUCUCUCUCUCUCACCCACCUCCCUCUCUCUCAGACUAAGGAUGCCCUGUUCACUAUCCUGAGGGACCUGCGUCCAGGCGACCGGUUUAACUUUGUCAGCUUCUCCAACCGUAUCAAGGUGUGGCAGCCCAACCGCCUGGUCCCUGUCACGCCCCUCAACGUCCGAGAUGCCAAGAAGUUCAUCUACAUGCUCCAACCCACUGGAGGUGAGAGAGUUAGAGACACAGCAGUGCAUGCUGUAAUAGAGGAAGAUUAGUUAUUUCACUGAUAGGCCUAAUCUGAAUAAUUUAGGGGUGCUUAUAUUUGUCCUGUUACACACUUGUACAGGUGUGUAAUGGACAUGUGUUUCUUGCAUAUCCAACUCCCCCUGAGACAGCCCCAGGGAGUGGGGUCACGGCCAGAGUCACCAUUGUCCAGCGCCCCUGGAAAAAUGUGGGUUAAAUGCCUUGCUCAAGGGCACAGCUACAUAUACACUACCAGUGAAAAGUUUGGACACACCUACUCAUUCAAGGGUUUUUCUUUAUUUUUACUAUUUUCUACAUUGUAGGAUAAUAGUGAAGACAUCAAAACUAUGAAAUUACACAUAUGGAAUCAUGUAGUAACCAAAAAAGUGUUAAACAAUAUAUUUUAUAUUUGAGAUUCUUCAAAUAGCCACCCUUUGCCUUGAUGACAGCUUUGCACACUCUUGGCAUUCUCUCAACCAGCUUCACCCGGAAUGCUUUUCCAACAGUCUUGAAGGAGUUCCCACAUAUGCUGAGCACCUUUUGGCUGCUUUUCCUUCACUCUGCAGUCCGACUCAUCCCAAACCAUCUCAAUUGGGUUGAGGUCAGGGGAUUGUGGAGGCCAGGUCAUCUGAUGCAGCACUCCAUCACUCUCCUUCUUGGUAAAAUAGCCCUUACACAGCCUGGAGGUGUGUUGGGUCAUUGUCCUGUUGAAAAACAAAUGAUAGUUCCACUAAGCCCAAACCAGAUGGGAUGGCGUAUCGCUGUGGAAUGCUGUGGUAGCCAUGCUGGUUAAGUGUGCCUUGAAUUCUAAAUAAAUCACAGACAAUGUCACCAGCAAAGCACCCCCACACCACAACACCUCCUCCUCCAUGCUUUUCGGUGGGAAAUAUACAUGCAGAGGUCAUCCAUUCACCCACACCGCGUCUCACAAAGACACGGCAGUUGGAACCAAAAAUCUCCAAUUUAGACUCCAGACCAAAGGACAAAUUUCAACCGGUCUAUUGUCCAUUGCUCGUGUUUCUUGGCCCAAACAGGUCUCUUCUUCUUAUUGGUGUCCUUUAGUAGUGGUUUCUUUGCAACAAUUCAACCAUGAAGGCCUGAUUCACACAGUCUCCUCUGAACAGUUGAUGUUGAGAUGUGUCUGUUACUUGAACUCUGUGAAGCAUUUAUUUGGGCUGCAAUUUCUGAGGCUGGUAACUCUAAUGAACUUAUCCUCUGCAGCAGAGGUAACUAUGGGUCUUACAUUCCUAUGGUGGUCCCCAUGAGAGCCAGUUUCAUCAUAGUGCUUGAGGGUUUUUGCGACUGCACCUGAAGAAACGUUCAAAGUUCUUGACAUUUUCCAUAUUGACUGACCUUCAUGUCUUAAAGUAAUGAUGGACUGUCGUUUCUCUUGACUUAUUUGAGCUGUUCUUGACAUAAUAUGGACUUGGUCUUUUUCCAAAUAGGGCUAUCUUCUGUAUACCCCCCCCCCCCCCCCCACCUUGUCACAACACAACUGAUUGGCUCAAACGCAUUAAGAAGGGAAAAAAAAAUCCACAAAUUAACUUUUAAGAAGGCCACCUUUUAAUUAAAACAUUUCCCCCCCAACUUGAAGGGUUAAAAAUCCCAAAUGUUCAAAGCGGGCAUAAGAAUCUAUUAAAAUUAAUUAAAAUUUUUUUAUAUUUUCAUUUUUUUUCAUUUUUGUGUUUUCAUUUUUAUUCUUCAUUUACUAAAUUAAAAAAAUUAAAAAAAGAAAAACCCCUUUUUUGAUAGGUUGCCCAAAAAUUUUGGCGCUUUAAACUGAUUUCAAAAAACCCCCUUUCGGUUUUUUUCCCCUUCCCCAACCCAUUUUCCGGUAAGAAAUUUUUUUUCCCCCAAAACCCCCCCCAAUGAUAUACUUUUUUUUCCUAAUUCAGAUUUCCAAAUUCCCUUUUUUAAAACCUCCCCCAACCCAAUCCCCUCUCCCCCUCUCCCCAAAGGGCCCCAAAAACGGUGGAUCAAAGGCCCCCCAAAAUGCCCUAACCUUUUCCACGCCCCCAAAAAGUUGGGGGCCCCUUUUCCCCUUCCCACAACCCCCCCGGUGGGGAGCUUUUAUCUCCCCCCAUCCCAAAAACCCUUGGCCCCAAGCAUUUUUCCGGACCUGGGAUGGGGGAGUGGAUCUUUGGGGGCGUGGCCCCGGAAAAAUUUUGGGAAAACAUGGGUUCAGAGCCCCAAAGCCAAAGGAAUUUUUUUGGGGGGACAAAAGAGAGAGAGAAGAAAGGGAGCGGGAAAAGGGGAAAAAUAGGGAGAGAUAUCAACGAGAAGGAGUUCGCCCCCGAUCCCUUUCCCCUUUUCUCCGUUUUUUCCCUUCCUUGGGCCCCCCCCCCUUUUUCUCUCCCAUUCCCCCGUCCCCGGGGUUUCUCCCCUUUUCUCCCUUUCCAUCUCUCCCUCCUUUCCCUUGGUCCCCUUUCGGGGAAGAGGGGAAAUUUUUUGGGCCCAAAUUCGGGGGUUAAAAGAGGGGAAAAAACAGAAACAACCCUUUCCCCCCAAAACUAAACCCCGGGGGGCCUGGGGGAUUUGUGAGGGGGCUAGGGAGGGAAACCUUUUGGGAAAGUUUCCCGGCCCGGGCUUCCUUUGGGGGGGCCCCCUUUUUUUCAUUUCAAACCCCAAUUUUUUCCCGGCCUUGAAAAAGUGGGUUGGUUAAGUCAAAACCCGGGAAAUUUAAGGUUUAAAAAGGAGGGGAAGACCUGAACACCCAAAUUGUUUCCCCCCCCUUGCCUAAAUUCCGGGGGACUUUUAAAAUUUUUUUUCCCCGCGAAAAAAAAAAAACCCCAAAAUGGCCCCCCUUUUCAACCACCCCCUUUGCAAAAUUUUUUCCCCCAAGGGGGGGGGGGGGGUUUUUUUUUAAAAAAUUUUUUCCCCCCCCCUUAUCACACGGGGUAAGUGAAAACCCCUAACUAAAAAAGUUCCCCGGCACCCUUUAAACCCGUUAAAGCAUUUUUCUUUUCAUACCCCUAUGGAAAACCCCGUGUUAAAAGUCAGGGGGGGAAAAAUUUUUAAAAAAAAUUUAAAUUCAAAAAAAAAUAUGGGGAAAAACCUUUAGUUUAAGGGGAACAAAAACCCCCCCCCCCCUGACCCAAAGACGAAAGAACCCCAGCCCCUUGGAAACGGGGGGGGAAAAAAGCCCGGGGCCCCAAAAAAGGGCCACCGGGCUUUUUUUCCACCCCCCCCCGGGGAACUUGGGUUUUGGGUUUUGAUUUCCCAGUUUUUUUAAUUUUGGUAUCCAACCAAAACCGGUUAAAAAAAAAGGGGGGGAAAUAUUGGACCCCAAAAAAAAAAAAAAAAUUUGUUUUUUGAAAAAUUGGGGGGGGCCCCCCAAAAAACCCCCCAAAACUUUUUGGUUUUGGGGGGCCCAACAAACUAACACACAGACCCAAAAAAAACCAAUACAACCCCCCAACAAAAAAACCCCCCCAAAAAAACACAUCACCCCAACCCCCAAACACCACAAACCAAAACCAAAAAGAAACGAACAAAGACAAUGGGGCCCCCCGGGCGGGCCCCCCCUUUCAUACGGCCCUUAUUCCGCCCCCCCUUACCCCUAAAGAAGGGAAAAAAAAAGCCCCCCAAAAAAACUAAAAACAACCGCCCCCGCCAAAACUAACCCCCAAACCCUUUACAACCCAAUUUAAAAGGCACCUGCACUUCCAACAAAAACCCCCCCCAAAAAAAAUUUUCCCUUUACCAAAACCCAAAACCCCCCCAGUUUUGGAGAAAAAAGAAAACAAAUCAGGGGGCCGAACUUUGGCCAAAAACACAAAAAAAAAAAGGGGGGGGGGAAAAAAAUCCCACGAAAAAAAGGGAUUUAAAAAAAAAGAGGCCGGGGGGAAGCCCUUUUAAAAAAAGGGGGGGUUUCCUACAACCCCGGGCACCCCCCCCGGGGGACCCCCCCUCCAAGGGGGGGGAAAAGGAAGGGGGCCCCCAAAAAGGGGGGGGGGGUGGGAAGCCCCGGUUUUGAAGUUUUUUGGGGGGGGGGAAAAAAGGGGGGGGGGGACCCCGGGGAAAGGGGGUUGGGGGGGGCAAAACGAAGGGAACGCCCCGUUAAAAACAAACCCCUAGCCAUGCCCCCCCAUACACCCACACAAUCCCACACAAACACACACACUAGAGAGAGAUCAGUAAACUAAAGAGCAAUGAGAUGACAUCACAGACCAGGUCAAGACCCUGUCAUUACUGCUGUCUCUCUCAUCUCGCUUGAACUCUUCACGUAGCUCUCACAGUCCCUCUCAAAGUAACAGGAAAUAACUAAACUAACGCUCCUACAACUAACACGAACAACUAACCUUGCCUACAAACUAACUGCCUACACCGAACUGCCUACAACCUAACUGGCCUACAGACAAACUUGCUACAACUAACUGCCGACAACUAACAGGAAACAACUAACUGCUUACAACUAACUGCCUACAACUACUUUUCAAUACAUUUCCAAACAAGUAUUCAGAUACUCAAAUACACAGACUCAAAUACACUCCCAUGCAUUUAACCCAGGUAUUUGAAAAUAAAAUUUGAAAAUGCUUUCAAAUACAAUUUGGCCGACUAUUUGGUUUUUACAAAUAAUCAUUCAGAUACUCAAAUAAAAGUACUUGUUCUGGCUGUGUAUUUGAAAAUACUCAAAUACACAGAAAAAAAGUAUUUAAAUAACAAAUGUAUUUGAAUCCAGGUAUGCAUAGCUGUACUAUUUCCUCAUAUUCCUAAAAUACCAGUGUCUCUCUCACACCACAGCGGACGGCGAUCCCCACUUUGUGGUGGAGUUCCCCCCCAGUAAACUGACUGUGUGUUUCAACAUCAACGGAGAGCCAGGACACAUUCUCAGAAUGGUGUCUGACCACAAGCACUCUGGUAAGAAUGUCCUCUCAAGAGAUUCUGACUUUAUGUUAGAUGUUCGGUUACGUGUUUUCAUAUGAUUCAUGUGGUCUAUUUGUGUGUGUGAUCAUGCGUGUGUAUGUGAGUCUAGGUGUGACAGUAAACGGUAAGCUGAUAGGCGCCCCAGCGCCAGCAGGCAGCCACAAACAGCAGAGGACAUACUUCAGCACAAUUACCAUUGUGGUGAACCAACCCAAACGUGCCUACAUCGAGGUCACUCCCAAGAAGGUCAUCCUGGAUGGACGCGACCGCCUGGUCCUGCCCUGCGACACCACAGUCUCCGUGGAGAGUGGCGGGCUGGCGGUGGCGAUAGUGGGAAAGUCCAACGUGACCGUAACCAUAGGAGGAACCAUUCGUUUCGUCAUACUGGUGCAUCAGUACAAGAACCCUGCUCCCUACCAGAGAGACCACCUGGGAUUCUACAUCUCCAACAGCAAAGGGCUGUCACAUGACUGUCAUGGACUACUGGGUAGAUAUCAGAAACUACUAGUGGAGGGUGGGAAGUGGGGGGAGGGGUCUUGAGACGAAAGGGAACUAGGCCUUAGUAUAAUGGUCCAACAGCAAGGGGCUGUCCCACAACUGCCACAGACUAUUGGGUGGACACCCAGCAACUACUAGUGCUAGGGUGGGAGAAGGAGCUUGAGCCAAAAUGGAAUUAGGCCCUAGUGAGAACUAGCAUUGGUUUGCCUAUAGCUCUGUGGUUCUGUUCCAUUCUCACCCUCUGUGAUUCUACUUCCAGGUCAGUUCCUGUAUGAGGAUGUGGGACUGGCAGAGCUUCCUGGCAAUGCCACCACAACAGGACACAACAGCGCGUCUUCACGGUCACCCAUCCUGAAGGUCAAAGGGCGUUCAGUGCCGGUGGUCCAGAAGACCCGGCGUAUCUACAGCGGACGUCAAAGCGUGGACUGCUGGUUUGCCAGGAACAACGCAGCCAAGCUGAUCGACGGACAGUAUGAGGACUAUGUGGUGUCACACCUGUUUGACACGGGCGAUUGGCCCCACGGAAGUAACGGAGCCUGA